AUGAUGCACAAAUCAGCCACUCUGGGACUACUCGCCGCCGCGGGCUCGGCGUUUGCAGCCCUGCAGGUCGAUAUCUCGUCGACAAGCUCGAUCAAGGCUGCGGCUAAGGAUGUUGCUUUUGACGUCAUGUCCGUCUACAAGGGCAACCAGAGCGGCGAGAUCGUGGGGCUCAUCGGGUCCCCCCCUCCCGUGGGCGAGUACUACUGGUGGACCGGGGCCGUUCUGUGGUCGACCAUGAUCGACUACUGGCACUACACCAACGACAGCACCUACAACGCUGUGACGGUCCAGGGUCUCACGGCGCAAAAUGGCCCCAAUCUCCAGAGCCCCUUCAUGCCUCCCAACUGGACCGCGAGCAUGGGCAACGACGACCAGGGCUUCUGGGGCAUCGCUGCGGCGAAAGCGAACGAAGCCGGCCUCCCAGCCCCACCCAAGGGCGAGCCUAGCUGGCUUGACCUGGCCAAAGCCAUCUUCCAGGUGCAGACCGUCCGAUACACCGACAGCGAGGACGCCUGCGGGGGCGGCCUGCGUUGGAUGAUCGUCCCCGUGAACACAGGUUUUGACCUUAAGAACACGGCGUCGACGGCCGUCUUCCUCAACCUCGGCGCGCGGCUGUACCACGCCACCCAGAACGAGACCUACGCCGACUGGGUCGAAAAAGGCUGGACGUGGUUGACCACCAUCGGGCUGGUCGACGACAAGUUCAACGUGUACGACAGCGUCAGCACGAUAGACGACUGCGCCAAAGCUAACAAGCAGCAAUGGUCCUACAACGCUGGGCUGUUGCUGGAGACGGCCGCGUACAUGUACGCGCAGAAGUCAUCCAAGUCCGCGGACUCCAAGGAAACCACCACCUGGAAAACCCGCACAACUUCCCUCGCCAACCGCACCGUCUCCCACUUUUUCUCGGCCGACCAAGGCGUCCUCGUUGAGCCGUUGUGCGAAAACGCCGGCCAGCCCGCCUGCACUCAGGACAUGAGCUUCUUUAAAGGCGUCACCCUGCGGUCGCUGGCCGGCGCCGCGGUGCUUGUGGAUGAGCUGCGCGAUCCGGACCACGGCGUCGGCCAGGCGCUGCGCGCUACUGCACAGGCUACGGCUAAGACAUGCUCUGGUGGCAAGAGCGGUCGGGAGUGCAAAUUCGACUGGACGGGCCAUGCGGCGGAUCAGAAUGCGAAGCUUGACGGUGCGCCGGUUGAAAUCAAUGCGCUUGCUGCGGUGCUGGGUCCGUUGGCGGUUGAGUCGGCGUCGGGGGCGGGUGGGAAUGGAAAUGGGAGCGGCAGUAAUGGUGGUAAUGGCAAUGGCAGCGGCAGUGGCGAUGCUGGGUCGGGAGAGAACGGCCAGAGUGGAACUGAUGACGGGAACGCGGGUGCUUCAUUGAGGGUUGGUAUGGGCGUGAUGGUGGCUGGGUUGGUGGCUGCUUUGAUUUAA